GUUACAUAAAAAUACGUUCUCGUACACUAUUGCUCACGUUUGCUGCCGAUAAGUAUAGUUUAAGUUUAACAUCGAUUACACGAAGCAAUGUCGAUCAACUCAGGCGCCCGAGGAUUCCGCAGAGCACCAUCGUUAAUUCGAAACAGCUUCGAUCAGAUCAAGACCCGGUACGCCGGUUUUCAGUCUCGCAUCGAUUCGAUCACUAUCCCCGAGCGGUACAAAGGGACGAUACUGGAAAAAUGGGCCACUUAUUGGAAGAACCUCGUAAUAGACUACAAGGAGAUGGUCAUCGACACAGGGCGAACGAUGCGCGAUCGCCCGGUACGGAGUGGCGUGUACCUUUCACUACUAGCAUCGGCCACCUACGCCGGUGCGAAAAAUCCCUCUGAGACCGACUUCUACGACCAAUACCGGCGGGCGUACAAUGAGCUUUCCCUCGUACAUCCAACUUGCCAGAAUCCAGUUGCAUCCCAACACAUCACCUUUCUGGAGCGUUGCCACAACGAAGGCAUCAUAAGGCGGCUAUCGUUGGGUGUGGUGUCGUUCAUGUGGCUGGAUAACUACGACCGAGGACUAGCAAUCUAUAAAGCAGUAUGUCCAUACCUCCAACCACGCUAUCUAACCUUCCACCAACGCAUUGUCGACGUUGGCUUCAAUGGCAAAUUUUGGACACUCGAGCGGAAAAUGGUUGACUACGACAUCAAUGAAGAAAACUUAUAAAAUUAGUAGGACAAAUAUAAAACCACUUUUGUU